UUCAUUGUCCUUUCUACCCUUACACUCUCUGUUAACACGUAUAUAGCAUUCACCACCCGAUUCUGUGUUCGGUUUGGUAGAGAAAAAUAGCGGAAUGACGACGAUGGCGGAAUUGACGACGACGAAGCCCAGCCGGAGCGACGAGAUUUUGGAUACGGAAGAGCAAUUGAGGAUCGCUUACGAGAUCAAAGCCCAUUUCGAUGCCUUGCAACCCGACCGACCCGUCAAACCCAACAGAAGCGAACCCGGAUCGCCACGCGCCGUUAACCACUCCCUCUCUAAGAACGAUAUUCCGGAGCUUCAUAAAUUUCAAUCUCUUCAAUCUAGCUCUCAUGAUACAAUUUCAACAGAGGGGGUGGUGAACGCACAGGACGAGUUUGUGGAGACGCAGUACUAUAAUGAAUUGGCGUCCAUUGACAAACAGCAUCACACGACGGGGAGUGGAUUCAUAAAUGUUGUAACAGAAGGAGAGGAAAGUGGGUAUAAGAUUGAAUUGCCCGAUGGCCAUGUUAAUGCAGUUGAAACAGAAAUCCAACCCAGAGGAUAUAAAAGCAACCCUGCCACCAACGACUGGGUUCCUAGCAGUGAUGAUUAUCAGUUGUGACAGGUUUUCGUGUCCUCAAAGCCAAGUAGAAGCGAGUGCUCCUGAUCUGCCAUUGCUAGGUGAAAAUGGUGUAUUUUCUACCGGCUUUUUCUUAUUAUAUAUGUCUAUUUCUUUAUAAGAGAUGAGGUGUGGUGGUACAACUGUUGCUGUAUGAGAGAAAUAUCACUCAUGAUUAAAGAUUAUGAAAAUAAUUGAAGUAGUUCAAGUGCA